GCUCAGCGGCCUUGUGCACGGCCACAAGUUUUCAAAGAAAGGUUCUGUCCGGUGGUGGUUUAACAGAAGGUUUGGGUGACUAUAGGAUAUCUGACCAAUAGAAAUGAGGAGAGAACUCUGGAGGUUGCUUUGUCGGGGACUUAGCUCCAGAUCGCUCGGCUUGGAAGCCGGAUGAGAUCAACAUUCCCAACUUCAUCGAUCGGCCGAGGAUAUGGUCCCGCAUGUGCGAUCUCCAGAUCGCUCGGCUUGGAAGGCGGACGAGAUCAACAUUCCCAAUUUCAUCGAUCGGCCGAGGAUAUGGUCCCACAUGUGCGGCUUCAAGAGCGAGCGAUGACAGAGCAAUAUCCGCUCACCCUCUGUGGUGUGUUUGACCUUUCAAAGGGAUCAUUCCACCUUGUCUGAAAUGACUGUAGUGGGUGUGAGGGCUCAGCACGCAGAUAAAAUUGUCCCAAGACCCAGAAAAGACAGUUUCUGCAAGUGGGUGAUAAACAUGGUGGGUCACAUUUUCUGGACCCCUUUUGCAAGGCAGUCAAGGCGCUGGGCGAGGAGUGUAGUGUCUCUGACCUUUCAAUGGGAUCGUCCGAAGACCCAGAAAAGACAGUUUCUGCAAGUGGGUGAUAAACGUCGUGUGUCACAUUUUCUGGACCCCCCCUUUCACAAGGCAGUCAAGGCGCUGCGUGAGGAGUGUAGUCUGCUUGAGCUUUCAAUUGGAUCGGUCUAAGUUUCUAACCCCUUGUCUGAAGUGACUAUAGUGGUUGCGAGGGCUCAGCACACACAGAUAAUUGUCCCAAGAUCCAGAAGUCUGUUCCUGCAAGUGGCUGUUAAUUGCGGUGUGGGCGCGUGCAUCCCAUUUCAUGGACCCCUUUCGCAUGGCAAUCAAUGCGCUGGGUCAAGAUCCUUGGACUUGUUCCUUCACAAAUUGUCAUUGUUUCCGAUUUACGGACUUCCAGAUGUCCCUUCGGUUGUCCAUAUGCUUGUUUGGGCUCAUCGGUGCUCUUUUCCUAUACACAGUCAUGCCAGGUGAUGACUGUGUUCGAACCGAACUUGGAGUGUGACACUCGGGUGGAAUUCUGGUUUUUGUUCGAUGUUCGAGAACAUAGGAAAGGGGCGAAGCAUGUCCGCUUUGAUUGGUUAGGCAAGUCUGAAGUUUUGGGCUCACUGACACUCUUGUCAUACAGACAGUCAUGCCCGGUGAUGACUGUAGUUUGGACUAGGGUGCUAUUCAGGUUGAUGUUUGAUGUUGAAGAUCAUUGGGGUGGGGGGGAGAAUUAUAUCCACUCUGAUUGGUGUGGCAAGUGUGAAGUUUCGGGCUCAUGGACGGUCUUUUUGUAUACGGUCAUGCCUGGUGACGACUGUCGUUGAAACUCCGGGUCUGAAACUAGGGUGGAAUGCAGGCUGAUGUUCAAGAACAUGGGAGGGGGGCGAAUUAUGGAGGUAAUGUUUCUGAUUGGUCAGACAAGUUGAAUGUUAGCCAGCAUGGAGGUAAUGUGUGAGCGCUUCCCACACUGCAAGGCACUCUUGCUAUUGUCUGCAUGCAUGUCAACCGUACUUGCAACCGCACGAGCCGCACAUCCGUCAGGAGUUCCGUGCGGAGUUUCAUGUGGGGGGUAUGUGUGCAGAAUCGUGCAGGUUUGUCUUUUGGGGGGGGGGCGGUUAUGGCGGGGAUAUGGGGAAAUGGUGAGGAGAUGAUUAGGAUGGACGAGGAGACGAUGAAGGGGAGGAGACAUGGAUGACGAGGAAGGGGGUUAGGGACGAGGAAGGACGAGGAGACGUGGACGACGUGGAAGGGCAGGAGGCGAACAGAUGGACGAAGGGAAAAGAAGAGGAAUUGCAAGAGGAGGACGAGUGGGAGGAGGCGGAGACAUGGACGACGAGGAAGGGGAGGAGACAAGGAGGCAUGGAAGAUGACGAAGUACGAGGAGGAAGAGACAUGGAGGAUGAGGAAGGGCAGGAGGAGGACGAGUCGGAGGAGACGAAAAGGAGAAGGGAGGAGGAGACAUGGAGGACGAGGAAGGGGAGGAGCGAGGUGUCUUUGGCAGGCCAGAGUGUGCUGUAACCACCCCUACUUUCAGGGUGCAUGCAAGUUGUCUGAAGAAUUGUGAUUUAUUCCUGGUUAUAUCUUGUUGGAGUCAAUGGUGGCAUAAAUGCCAGUGCAUUGCACGAGGGACAUUCAUCUCCUCCUGUGAGUGGUGGAGGUGCCUGGGUUCGGGCAUCCCUUUUUCUGCCUGUGCCAGCUCAUCCCCCCUCGUUUGAUUGGUCCACAACUUGCAAUGACCGCUUUCUUCUUGCAUGGCCGAUACAGGAUAAGGAGAAGGAGAUUGGGGAACAGAAGUUUCGAAAAAGGGAGUCUCCCACAAAUUGCUGCAAUGGGUCAGACAGUUGAACAUGGCUGUAACAUAACUUCAGGAAAAGGGAGACUGGGGGCCAGACACUUGAACAUGCUGGCCAGUGGCCAGCAGAUUGUACAGGAGCGGUUGUGGGGACCAGCCAGUCGAUGAAGCUGAUGCGGGGCUGGUCACCACAUUGUCUUGUCAAAUUUAAGUGAACGGUUGGAAUCAAACCGACCUUAGAGAAGUGGGUGAGCUUGAAAUGUAGGUAUAAGGUAAAGGAGAACGGUUCGGUUUGUUCGGUUUGUUCCCACUGACACUCAACUCACCCCACACAAACACAUAGACGCACAGUCUACAACACACAAAGACACACGGUAAGAAGGGAGCUGCAGGAACAAACAGAAGGGGUACCGCGAAGAAAGCCGAAGUCAAGAAAGGGAUAUAACGGGGAUCUAUUCUGCUCCAUGUUGCUUGCUAUGGAGGUAAAACUGGCCGGUGGUAGGAAUCGCUCAUCUCAAGUGUGCUUCGUUGUCUGCAAUGGACGUAAAGCUGCUUCGACUUUGGAUCUACUCAUCUGGGUGGAACAGGGGCUGUUGUGGUGAACACCUACAACACACACACACACACACACACACACACACACACACAGAGAGAGAGAGAGAGAGAGAGAGAGAGAGAGGGAGAGAGAGGAAAUAGGAUUGAGAUGAACUGUCAUGAGUAGAGUUUGCAGAAUGGGUUUUGUAACUUGUGGUUGGCACGAUCUUUGCUCAGUUAUUUUACUGAGUUUGCCAUUUCGUAUCCCUGUUUGCCUCUUUGCACUGCCUGGGGCUUGGCAUUUUUCAGAUUCCAAGUCACGAUGGCAGUUCAUUAGAGGGCGCGUUCGGUUAGUAUAUCCAAGUGAGCUCGGUGGUGGAGGUAGAAGGUCUGUAGCGCGUGUACUUCCGGGCUUGAUGAUGUAGUCACGCUGUAAGAAGUAAAACCAACUACAUUCAUUUUGGAGUUCUCUCUUGGUGAUGGAGAACCAGAGGGGACGCUAAGAAGUCUGCUAGCCAUUUGAUUAUGUGGAGUUGAUGAUAAGGAGUGUGGUAGCCGUUUGAUUAUGUGUGGAGUUGAUGAUAAGAAGUCUGCUCGUUUGAGUAUGUGGAUUUGAUGAUAAGAAGUUUUUGCUUAAUUGCCGUCGAGAGUGCAGAGAGGGACGGACAGAGUUUGAAGGGUUCUGUAUGUAGAUAGAGGGAUGGGACGCCUGCUGUCAGUGGGGCUUGACUUACGUGGAUUUGAGUAUAUUGAUGCAUUCAAAGGGGACUGAUUUUGUAGGAGAACAGGUAUGGUGAGGCAUUGUUUGGUGCUUCCAAGGGGGAGUUUCUAUGCGAAUGACCGGGAAGCAUGGAAAUUAAUGGGGGUUGGCGAAUGCUCAAUGGAGAGUCUGACGUGGAAUGCCUUUUUCGGUUUAACUCACGUUGGUGUGUACAGCAGAGGGAUUUUUUAUGGAAUAAAACAGCUACUAGAGG